UUUCAGGAUGUUCGUGACUGUAAGGAUACUGAGGAACUGGAAGAUUUGAACAGUAAAGCAAGAAAUAUAUUGAACCAGCUGAAAACAAAAAUACAGGAUUUAGAGAGGCUUGGAAAGGAGCAGGAUAGAGAUGAAGACAGACAAGUUAUCCUGAAAAAUGUGGAAAAUCAUAGACAGAGAAUGACCAGCAAUAUUGCAUCAUUACGGAAGACCAACUUAACAGUGAAAAUGUCUAUAGAUAAACAAGAAAAAGAUGAACUUCUCACUGGUGGAACAGCUAGAAAAAGAAAUAUUAAUACAAAAGAGAACUUGGCCAAGACGGCCACGAAUAUUACAGAAAGUUUAAUGGAACUUAACCAGACAAUGGAUGCACAAGUUAAAAAAGGAAACCUAACUCUCACUGCUUUAGAGGCGUCUUCGAAAAACUUGACUGACACACAUGAAGAAUUCAAAACAAUGGGAGGCCAUAUACAGAACUCUAAAAGACUUUUGACUAAAUAUGGUCAAAGAGAAUUAACAGACAAACUCCUGAUAUUUAUAGCUCUUGUGUUCUUUUUUGCUACAGUGAUAUAUAUACUGAAACGUAGAUUAUGGAGCUAGCAGUACAUUGUGCAGUUUUUUUCCUUAUCAAUAUGUGUAAUUUGUUACGUUAUUUAAAUGUAAAAAUAAAGAAAAUAUGAGCAAGUAAA